CUCCACAGCCUUUCCUUGCCCCGCAGGCCACAUUCUUUGGACAAGAGUCAUUAGCCGAGCAGCGGAUUAACUAAUGGGGCGGAGGCUGCCGGCGUUGUGCCGCGGCCGGGCGGCGACGCGGGUCAGGAAGCGAGUACAGCGCCUGACCUACUGCUCCCCCUCCUCCUCCAAGCUGCCGCCUUCGGUGACCAGCAAGGUAAGGAGUGACGCUGGGGCAGGAAAUGGACGCUGUUACGGCGGCGGCAAUGGCGCGUCCAUGGUUGACGUCGUGGGAGGCAUGAAGGACGGCGGCGGGCGGCGGGUGAUGGUGGUCGCUGACGGGCGGGCGGAGGCGGUGGGCGCGCUCGAGUGGGCGCUGUCGCAGGUUGUUCGGAGCAAUGACGCCGUCGUCCUUCUCGCCGUCGUCAAGCCGGCCCCGGCAGAUGCGGAUGAUUCAUCCUGCGUGAAGAUAUCAAGGACAAGAUGCUACGAACACCUCAACGCCAUGAGGAGCUUGUGCGAAUCGACCAGGCCAGAGGUCAAGGUGGAGGUGUGCGUGACGGAGGCGGAGGAGCGCGCGCCAGCGGUGGUGGACGCCGCGAGGCGGCAUGGCGCGUCGCUGCUCGUGCUCGGCCAGCGCCGGCGGGCGGCCACGGCGCGGUGGAUCCUGGGCCUGUGGCCGGCGGCGGAUCGUCGGUGCGGCGGGCGGUGGCAGAGAGGCCUGGUGGAGUACUGCAUCGAGCACGCGCCGUGCGAGGCGCUGGGCGUGCGCCGGCGGAACUCCGGCGGGUACCUCGUCUCCAGCAGGCGUCACAGGGAUUUCUGGCUCCUCGCUUAGUUCAAUCCAUCGGUUCAACCGUCGUAGCUGAGGGAAUCGAGAGAUUGAAGAAUACAUUCUAAGGAUAUAUAUAUUCUCGAAUGUCCGUUGGCUAGGUUAUUAUUACGUAUUACUCCCUUCGUUCCAAAAUAAGUAUAGCAAAAUCUGUAUUAAAUUUGUAUAAAUUUUAUACCAGAUCAACGAUAU